UUAGGCUAUGGCCGCAAUGGGGCUGUCAGACGCAGAAUUGCGGGCGGAACUGCUGGGUCUGGGCUACCAGCCGGGACCGAUUACUGAUUCCACCCGCAAACUCUACGCUAAGAAGCUCACCCGCUUGCGGGCUGAAGUUGCUGCCGGGCUGAGGAGUCGCCGGGCGCACCCUCCGGGCUCGAGGAGCCCCGCGAGUGGCAGCCCCAAAGUAGCUCCUCGGGCCCGCGUCCUGGUUAGGAGAGAGAGUGAGGAUGAAGAGGGCGAGGACGAAGAGGAGGAGGGUGGCGGGAGUUACUCGCGUUCCCGCAGGGACACGGCGUGGGCGAGCGAAGCCCUGCCGCAGAGAAACCACUGGGGGACGGACAGCGGGGCGGCAGGAGUGGGGGUGAUUCCCAGCAGCUCUUGGGCGGGAAGCGGUGGGUUGAACCCCAAGAGGACGCGGCUGGAGACGGGAGGAGGAGGAUGGACACCUCCUUAUCUGGGUGGCACCCCAGACAGGCUCCCGUCCAGCAGCCACUAUGGGGCAACAUCGACAGGGGAAGGAGUGGGACUCAGUUCUAGCAAAUGGUGGGGAAAGGAGCAGGGCACGUCCCCUGGUGUGGGUGUGCCUUGGGGAUCAGUCACGGGAGAAAGCAGGACAGGCUUGAGCAACAGGACCUAUUUGGAGACAGAAAGGGGAAUAACUCCCACCUCCUAUUUGGGAUCAGGCCGAGAGGGGUUAAGCUAUAGGGCCCCAUGGACAGCAGUCAAAGACGCAAGGCCGUCUUCCAGAAGUUCCAAACCCCAGUGGAGUACAGGAAGAGAAUUAAGUCACAGUGCCCGUUGGGAUGGCACACGUCCAGGCAUAGGUUUGAGAGCCAGUACUCAGGGCACAGGAAGAAAGGGCCGGGGCCUGGAAUUUUAUCUCUCCUGGUUCUUGUGGCUGGCGACCUUGGGGCUGUUAGUAGUUUUCUUGGGCAUCCUCUGGGUGAAGAUGAUGGGACCUGCCCGACUGGAAGGGGCUGAGGACUUGAAGCUGUUGCCCCUAGAUUGUUCAGACAGGACAGAUGAUUUCUGUCAAGCAAAACAGGAAGAAACAGUAAUGAGCAUACUAUAUGAGUUAUAUAAUUACCUUGCAAUACAGGCUGGCAAAUUUGAGUGUGGAAAUGCUGAAAAUCUAGAAAGUAAAUGCAUUCAGGUUGAAGAAGCAAGAGAUUAUAUAGAGAAUGUGACUGGCCGCUCUGCAGCAAAAUUUAGGGAUGCCUUGCAGUGGUUACUGGACAAUCAGAAGGAUUCAGGUAUAUGGUUACAAGGCGAUGAUACUUCAGGAGAAGUUACUUCUGUCGACCAGGUGGUUUGUCUUGAGUCCACCCGUCCUCGAAUGAGUUUGGGAUGCCGUUUUCACCGAGCGCUAUGCACAGCCGUUACAAAUUUAUUUAUAUUCUUUUGGAGUUUAGCUUUCCUUUGGGGGAUUUUGCUUCUUCUGAAAUAUUACUGGCGGAAAAGAGAAGAGGAGGAGCGGGCCAUGUAUAAAAUGGUACAGAAAAUCAUAGCUGCUGUCCAGAAUCACUACAAAGAAUGGGAGCAGAAUUUGGAGCGAUACCCCUAUGUAGGCAUCCUGCACAUCAGAGACACACUCAUCCCACCACAGGACAGGAAAAUAAUGAAGCGAAUUUGGGACCGGGCAGUGGAUUUCCUAGCUUCCAAUGAGUCACGGAUUCAGACUGAGUCACACAGAGUAGCAGGAGAGGAUAUGCUGGUGUGGCGUUGGACACAACCUUCUUACUUGUCAGAUUCAGAGCACUAGCCCUGAAGAAAGGCCUAACCAGCUUUACAACACUGUGCAGGGGUCAUGUGCCCCAUUCUAGGUAGGGAAAGUGCUGUCUCUACUCAGGUGCGCUCUUUGACGCUAUUGUUCAAAUGUAUGAGAAGGAAGAAUGACUGUUGAAGGCAAUAAUUUGUCAGUAGGGAAUAUAAAAUGGAUAUGCAGAUGCACACCAAAGCUACCUUUUUCUGGCAUGUAUUUGACUUCCCAGGAAUAGCCCUCUGAAAAAGGAAAAUGUCCAGUUGGAAGAUGCCAUAGAUAGUUUUAUUCUGUGUUUGGAGAAAAAACUGUAUCUGACUUGCCACUUGGAUCAUCAGUGCUAAAACUAUUACAACGUAUUUUAAAGAGAAUUAGCAGCUGUUCAUUACACAAAUGUCAUGGGUGGAGAGUGAGGUGUUAAGAUGUUUGUGCUUACCAAUAGGAUCAGAAUUGCCUGCUUGUAGGGUAAUAGUGGGACUUAGAGGGUGUGUUCCAUGUGCCUUUGAAGACCGAUUGGGAAAGUGAGAGGGGCUUGUAGCAAUCUGCAGUCUUUGUGCUUUUUUCCCCUUAGAAGGUAACAGAAUAAUGUCAGCUCAGAGAACAUCGCUGAAUACAUUCUUGUAAAAAUAGCAAAAAGCCUGCAGUAAAAAAAGACUAGAGGGAGAACCCCAGAAAGCAACAGCCAUAAUCUGUUUCAUAUGUAGUCCAUGUGUGUUACUCUGGAAAAAAAUAAAAGGGGGUGGCUGCAGUGUUGAAUACAAAAAUGCCAUAGAAAUCAAGAAUUUGAACAGCACUGCAAUGAGUGGAAUGCUGUGCUCUAGCAAUACAGUAGCCUGUUAUGUUCAUAAACCAUAUUGACUGUCCCAAACAAUCAAGUGUGUGUCCUUUUAUUUUAAGAAAAUAUAUUGUACCAGAAUGCCAUCCACGCUUCUUGUAAUGUUAGAGAGUCUUUCAAUCAAAUAUGUGUCACUUCCAUACUGACUCGGGGCUUGCACCAGCCCAUUAUGAAUAUGGCCCUCUGUCCAGGAGGUGCUGUAAGCAGAGCAUGUAUGAAUUCAUAGUAAAGUGUGCACUUACAAGUCUCCAAAGACAAAGUGGGUUGAGGCUUUAUGCUGCCUCUGGCUUUCAACAAGCAUAUUAAUUCAUUUACACACAGAAGUGGUCCAAACUUGAAGUUUGCCCUUCUGCUCCCCCUGCUGGCUCUACUGAAAAAUUGAAGGGUUGGAGUUUUUCACCUGGGUGUCCUUCAAGGCUGCGGCAUUCAGCAAUUCAUUAUAUGCGUCCUGCUGAUUCAUCAGCGGUACAAAGAAAAGCAUCCUCCAUAAAUAAAGCACCAGGAGGUCUUAUUGGUUAAGUAGAAGAAAAUCCUGUAUUCAUUGAAUUUUAUCCCCACAUGUUGCCAUCUGUAGAGUCAGUGGUAUAUUAGAGGAAAAGAAGAGAUUUUAACAGAUGUCUCCAUGGCAUUAGCCAUCUUUUUACACAUACUCUCCUUAUUGAUCAAAGUGGAUAAUCAAGUGAAGGAAAGCCCUUGUGGUUAAUGAGUUCUUAAUUUCUGCUGAUGCUGGAAAAGUUUUCCACACUGCCUGCAUUCUUAGGGCUUUAAAACAUUUGUGGAUAUUUUUUACCAUCUGACUCAAGAGGAGAUGCCAAACAUGAUUAUUUUGUACAGUUGUUUAAACUGUUUCAUUGCUUUUUUAUGUAAAUGGGCUGGUGCUAUUUCUUUUACACUUGUCUCUGUACAUUUAUCUUGGGAAAUAAAAGUUUGUUACAAACUGGA